UGCAUCAAGACCGGCAAGAUGGCAGCGGACACGCAGGUUUCCGACACACUGAAGAAAUUUGCAGUGAGGGUGACUACAGCCAGUGUGAAAGAGCGAAAGGAGAUAUUUGGAGAGCUGAAACAGUGCUUAAAAGGCAAAGAGUUACCAGAGCCUGCUAUCAAAGGACUAUGCAAGCUCUUCUGUCUCACUCCACACAGAUAUCGUGAUGCUGCAUCUCGCAGAGAGCUUACCUCUAUCAUUGCUCAGCUGGCGGAGAGUCAACCCAAUGUCCUGGUGACCAACCUCCUUCACUGCCUUCUGAACAGCGGAGUCGUCAGCAAGAACGGAGAACCCAGUAAAUGCACAGGCUCUGCUUCCUUCAUUGGCCUUUCUUGGACCUGCCUUUUAGUCCACAAUGUAUUUUCCGCCCCAGAGAAAAGAGAAGGACCUGUUUGGAAGAAAAUGGUGGAGGUUCAGAGCCUUCUUGUGGCUGAGGUGGUGGGUGGGGCCAAGUCCACAGCUCAGAAAUCAAGCCUCAAGAAUCUCAGUCAUCUCUGGGAGGAAAAACCUGGACUGGUCGAUCAAUACAUCAGUACCCUGUUGAGUCUUGAUCAGAGCCCGACCACCAUGGCCAUGUUGGGGGUCUGUUUAGACUUCUGCACAGCUAAGAAGGACAUUGCUACAAUAGAGAAGCAUAAGAGUGCAAUGUUGGAUCUGUACAUAAAAUCAGUCCUCAUGAGCAAAACCAAACCACAGCAACACAUUUUGGAAAAAAGCGGCUCCUUAUUGCGUCAUGUGUCCCACUCUGAGUUCAAGGAGCAGCUCCUCCCGACUCUGCAGAAGACGAUGCUCCGCAGUCCAGAGAACGCCAUGCAGACUGUUUCCUACCUGCUGUCCACCGUGACCCUCGACCUCAGUCAGUACGCCAUGGAUAUUGGAAAGGCCAUAUCGAGCCAAAUGAAAGCUAACAACGCUCAGCUGAUGGAGGAGGCGGUGCAGGCCAUGCAGAACCUGGCCCAACAGUGCAGUGACCCCUCUGCUGUUCAGGAUGUCGUCACACACCUCUUUAAGAUCCUCGGGGGCUCUGAAGGAAAACUUACAGUUGUUGCCCAAAAGAUGAGCGUGUUGUCAGGGAUUGGCAGCUGCAGCCAUCAUGCCGUGUCUGGAACCUCCAGCCAAACCCUCAGCUCUGCAGUGACUGUGAUGUUCAUCCCUUACUUACAACAAGAAGUUCACGAGGGGACGCUGGUGCACGCUGUGGCGAUGCUCUCCCAGUGGACCAGCCGCCUCACAGUGGAAGUUCCCACUGCUCUGCUCGACUGGUUUAAGAAAGCUUUUACCCUAAAGACCUCCACCUCUCUGGUUCGUCAAGCCUACCUUCAGGCCAUGCUUGGAGCCUUCAGAGGUGACACUCUAGCCCAGGCCUCAGACCUCAUGCCCCUGCUCAUCCAAAGUGUGGAGAAGGCUGCAGCACAAAAUUCCCAGCAUGCUCUGCUUUCAGAAGGCACAGCAGCCUCAGUUCUUUUGAGUCGACUGGCUCUGCUAGAGACACAAGCAGAGGCGAAAUUCACCACCUUCUGGAACCUGAUCUUAGAUGAGAAGAAGCCACUAUUCACCACAGAGAAGUUCCUCUCACAGGCAAAUGAAGAAACUCUGUGCACAGUGCUUCUGCUCUGUGAAAGGCUCUUUCUGGACCAUGCACAUCGACUCAACAGCAGCAAAUCACAGAUGUAUCACCACGCCACAGUUGCUGUUCUUCUGUCCCGGGUCUGGCGUGUGCGGAAACGGGCUCAGCAGACGGUCAAAAAGCUGCUCUCUUCUCUGGGUGGAUCCAGUCUUGCCCUUGGUCUUCUGGGAGAACUCCGUGUGGUCAUCAACAAACACAAAGUUUUGCCCCAGGAAGUCCUGGUGUCAGAGUCAGGAGAGCUGACCGAGCUGGGUCGCACCUACGUCCCCCCUCGUGUCCUGUUGGACGCCCUCUGCACAAUCUGCUCCUCUGCCAGCCAGUGGGGGGACCCCAACGAAGCUGAUAAUUUGGCCAUGGAGACUGUGAUAAUCACCCAUCAUCCAUCCAUAGUUGAAGCUCGCCGUGGCCUCUGGCCCGUUCUGCUCUCCUCCAUGAAUGUAAAAGCAGAAGAAUUCAUAGAAAAGAACCUGGAGGCUGUUCUGCCACAUUUGCUGGAGGUCAAUGCUGACAAUCAGGCAGUUAAAAAUGCAGCUGGUGCUCUCUCCGGCCUCUCUCCCACCAAACUGCUGCCCCGAGUGAUGAGUCAUGUGACUGAGUGGCUUUCCAAGCCUGCUCUGGUUCAGGUCACAAGGGAGGAGUACGCCAUCAUGCUGACACCUGAUGGAGAGCUGUAUGACAAGAGCAUCAUCCAGAGUGCUCAGAAGGAAAGCACCAAGAAAGUCAACAUGAAGAGAGAAAACAAGGCCUACUCCUAUAAGGAACAGAUCAUUGAACUGGAGUUACAAGAGGAGUUAAAGAAGAAAAAAGGUAUCAAAGAUGAAUUGCAGCUAACCAGCAAACAGAAGGAGAUGAUGCAGGCCCAGCUCGAAAAGGAGGCCUCGAUCCGCAAGAGACUUCAAGAGUUGGAUGUAGAGUUGCAGAGUGUGAUGGGCCUGCUUGAAGCCUCUCUGAAAGAAAGACCCCCUCAGAUCACCAGGGAGCUCCCAGCUGUGCUCCAGGUCCUGAUGCCCCUGCUGCACUCCCCUCUUGCUGCACCACGCAUCCAGCAGGUCUUCUUAGACAUUGGAGCGUGCCUCAUGCCCAAACACCUUCACCAUCUCGCGGAGCUUGUGGGACAUGUGACUUUACGUCUCCUGAAGCCGGAGUGUGAUCUGGACGAGGCCUGGGAACAUGAGGACCUGGACACAGCAGCUCACCGCACUGUACUGCUGUUACAUAAUCACACUGUCCCACAGAGAGAGGCCAAGGCUGCUGAUGUGGCUCCUCUCUCUGCUCCAGCGUUUUCCUUCUGCUUCCCCCUCCUCAAUGCCACACUCAGGGAGUCUUCAGGCAGCACUGAGGAGACGGAGAACAUGAUGACCCAGGCUUUACAAGUCAUCAACGAACAUUGUCAGCUUCGGGCCGACACAGACAUGGAAGACACCAUCAUCGAUGAGAACGGCCCAGAGCUGCUUCCUCGUGUGAACAUGCUGCUGCUUCUGACCAGAAUUAUUUCUACAUCCACCCCCAGACUCCAGGUGCUGGCAUCCCAGUGUCUGACUGCUCUCUGUGCCAGUGCUGGAGGAGAAGAAGGCUGCACCGUAGCAGAGCAGGCAGAGAUAGACGUCCUACUUAACGCUCUGCUGUCACCCUGCUUCUCUGUCCGAGACGCUGCUCUCAGGGGACUGUUGGAGAUGGAGUUUGCCCUGCCCACAGACAGUACAGAGGCCAGUGGGCUGAGUUUGCUCCGCAGGCUUUGGGUUGCCAGGUUUGACAUAGAAGAGGAGGGCAGAAGCCUGGCUGAAAAACUCUGGGAGUCUCUGGGUCUUGAGCUGGUCCCUGAGAUCUGCUCCCUGCUGAUCGGAGAUGUCACACACCACGAGGAGGCAGUCCGCUCUGCUGCAGCUGAAGCUCUGUCCAGUGCCGUGUCCCAGUACAAAGACCAGGCUGCCACAGUUCUCAGUCAACUCACUGAGCUCUACCACCAGAAACUUUAUAGACCACCUCCUGUACUUGACGCCCUGGGAAGAGUCAUCUCUGAGGCUCCACCUGACCAGUGGGAGGCCAGGUGUGGCAUUGCUCUGGCUCUGAACAAACUGUCCCAGUACCUGGAUGAAUCUCAGGUCACUCCACUCUUCCUCUUCUUUGUCCCUGAUGCCCUGAACGACCGUCACACUGACGUCCGGCGCUGCAUGUUGGACGCCGCCCUCUCGGCUCUCAACACACAUGGAAAAGACAAUGUGAGCUCAUUGCUGCCAGUGUUUGAGGAGUUUUUGAAGAACGCUCCUCAAGAUGCCAGCUACGACUCUGUCCGUCAGAGCGUCGUGAUUCUCAUGGGCUCCUUGGCCAAACAUUUGGACAAAAAUGACCCAAAGGUCAAACCCAUCGUGGCAAAGCUCAUCACUGCACUAUCUACACCCUCACAGCAGGUCCAGGAGUCUGUGGCGAGCUGUUUGCCUCCUUUAGUCCCCGCUAUCAAGGAAGAUGCUGCAGGUAUUGUGAGGAAUCUACUGCAGCUGCUGCUGGAGAGCGAUAAGUACGCUGAGAGGAAGGGAGCAGCUUAUGGACUGGCAGGACUGGUCAAAGGACUGGGCAUCUUGGCACUCAAACAACAAGACAUUAUGACCACACUGACUGACGCCAUUCAGGACAAGAAAAACUUCAGACGGAGGGAAGGAGCGCUGUUUGCCUUUGAGAUGUUGUGUAACAUGUUGGGGAAGCUGUUUGAGCCGUACGUCGUCCAUGUUCUGCCCCAUCUCCUGCUCUGCUUUGGAGAUGGAAACCAGUACGUCAGAGAGGCUGCAGAUGACUGUGCCAAGGCUGUGAUGAGGAACCUGAGUGCCCACGGUGUGAAGCUGGUUUUGCCUUCUUUACUUGUGGCCCUAGAGGAGGAAUCCUGGAGAACCAAAGCAGGUUCGGUGGAGUUGUUGGGUGCCAUGGCUUUCUGUGCACCCAAGCAGCUGUCCUCCUGCCUGCCAAGCAUUGUGCCAAAGCUGACUGAGGUGCUGACCGACUCCCAUGUGAAGGUGCAGAAGGCGGGUCAGCAGGCCUUAAGGCAAAUCGGUUCUGUCAUUCGGAACCCUGAAAUCCUGGCCAUUACCCCCAUCCUACUGGACGCUCUCACUGAUCCAUCCAGGAAGACUCAGACAUGUCUGCAGACGCUGCUGGACACAAAGUUUGUACACUUCAUCGACGCGCCAUCCCUCGCCCUGAUCAUGCCCAUCGUUCAGAGAGCCUUCCAGGACCGCUCCACUGAUACUCGCAAGAUGGCUGCUCAGAUCAUUGGCAACAUGUACUCUCUGACUGACCAGAAGGAUCUGUCGCCAUACCUGCCCAGUGUCAUACCUGGACUGAAGACCUCUCUGCUGGACCCAGUGCCUGAGGUGCGUACUGUGUCAGCUAAGGCCCUGGGUGCUAUGGUGAAGGGCAUGGGUGAGUCCUGCUUUGAUGACCUGCUGCCUUGGCUCAUGGAGACGCUGGCCUCUGAGCAGAGCUCUGUGGAUCGAUCUGGAGCCGCCCAAGGUCUGGCAGAGGUGAUGGCUGGACUUGGGGUGGAGAAACUGGACAAGCUGAUGCCAGAUGUGGUGCAGACAGCCAGCAAGGUGGACAUCGCCUCCCACGUCAGAGACGGAUACAUCAUGAUGUUCAUCUACCUGCCUCUCACCUUUGGAGACAAGUUUACUCCUUACGUUGGACCCAUCAUCCCCUGCAUUCUUAAGGCUCUGGCAGAUGAAAACGAAUAUGUGAGAGACACGGCGCUGCGAGCCGGUCAGAGAAUCAUCAGCAUGUACGCUGAGGACGCUAUCGCACUGCUGCUUCCUGAGCUGGAACAGGGCCUGUUUGAUGAUCUGUGGAGAAUCAGGUUCAGCUCGGUGCAGCUGCUUGGAGAUCUAUUGUUCCAUAUUUCUGGAGUGACAGGAAAAAUGACCACCGAGACUGCCUCAGAGGACGACAACUUUGGAACAGCUGCGUCCAAUAAAGCGAUCAUUUCUGCUCUUGGCGCUGAGCGCCGUAACCGCGUCCUGUCUGGCCUCUACAUGGGCCGCUCAGACACACAGCUGGUGGUUCGACAGGCUUCGCUUCAUGUGUGGAAAAUUGUGGUAUCCAACACUCCGAGAACCCUCAGAGAAAUCCUUCCAACCCUCUUCACCCUCCUGCUGGGCUUCCUGGCCUCUACCUGCCCUGACAAGAGAACGAUUGCUGCUCGGACACUGGGUGACCUGGUGAGGAAACUGGGAGAAAAGAUCCUCCCAGAGAUCAUACCCAUUCUGGAGGAAGGGCUGCGGUCCGACAAGAGCGACGAGAGGCAAGGCGUCUGCAUUGGCCUCAGUGAGAUCAUGAAGUCCACUAGCAAAGAUGCGGUGCUGGUCUUCUCUGAGUCUCUGGUCCCCACUGUGAGGAAGGCCCUCUGCGACCCUCUGGAGGAAGUCCGAGAAGCUGCAGCCAAAACAUUUGAACAGCUCCAUGCGACCAUCGGACACCAGGCACUGGAUGACAUCCUGCCUAUGCUGCUCAAACAGCUGGAUGAUGAGGAAACAGCUGAGUUUGCUUUGGAUGGUCUGAAGCAGGUUAUGGCAGUCAAGAGUCGCUCUGUGCUGCCUUAUCUGGUUCCAAAGCUGACUGCUCCUCCUGUGAACACUCGGGUUCUGGCCUUCCUCUCUGCUGUGGCUGGAGAUGCUCUGACUCGUCACCUCGGGGUCAUCCUACCUGCAUUGUUGUCCUCCCUCAAAGGGAAGCUGGGAACAGAGGAUGAAGCACAGGAACUGUGCAGCUGUCAGACGGUGAUCCUCUCCGUGGAGGAUGAAGUGGGCCAGCGUAUCAUCAUAGAGGACCUGCUGGAGGCCACGCGAGGCGCUGACCCUGGCCUCAGACAAGCCGCCGUGACCAUCCUCAACGCCUACUUCGCCCGCACACGUCUAGAUUACAGCACCCAUACACGCACUCUGCUGUCCGGCCUUAUCCGCCUUCUCAAUGACAGUAACCCAGAGGUCCUGUCUCAGAGCUGGGACACCAUCAACUCAAUCACCAAGAAACUGGAUGCCAGCAGCCAACUGUCUCUGAUUGACGACCUGCACCGAGACAUUAGAUCAGCAGCCGCAGAUGUGAAGGGUCAGCACCUGCCUGGAUUCUGUCUGCCCAAAAAGGGUGUGACCUGUAUUCUGCCUGUUCUGAGAGAGGGAGUCCUCACUGGUAGCCCUGAGCAAAAAGAGGAGGCAGCCAAAGCAUUAGGGGGGGUCAUCAGACUGACCUCCCCCGAGGCUCUGCGGCCCUCUGUGGUCAACAUCACCGGUCCUCUCAUCAGAAUCCUGGGAGAUCGCUUUGCCUGGACGGUGAAGACAGCUCUGCUUGAGACCCUCACCCUCCUCCUGGCAAAGGUGGGUAUCGCCCUGAAGCCCUUCCUGCCUCAGCUGCAGACCACCUUCCUGAAGGCCCUGCAGGACUCCAGCCGUGCAGUGAGACUGAGGGCUGCUGAGGCUCUGGGCCAGCUCGUUUCCAUCCACACCAAGGUCGACCCUCUCUUUACAGAGCAGCUCUCUGCCAUCCGCAAUGCUGAGGACGCGGGAGUCAGGGAGACUAUGCUCCAAGCCUUAAGAUUUGUCAUCCAGGGGGCUGGUUCAAAGGUGGACCCAAGCAUCCGCAAGAAUAUCACCACCACAUUGCUAGGCAUGCUGGGACAUGAUGAGGAUGCAACUCGUAUGGCUUCUGCCGGCUGCGUCGGUGAGCUGUGUGCCUUCCUGUCAGAGGAGGAGCUGAAGAGUGUGUUACUUCAGCACAUCUUGGCUGAUAUGUCAGGCGUGGACUGGAUGGUGCGCCAUGGUCGUAGCUUGGCCCUCGCCAUAGCUGUGAAGUCUGCGCCCGAAAAACUGUGUGCAAAGGAAUACAGUGACACUGUGACAGAGAUGGUUUUGGCCAAUGCCACCGCUGACAGGAUCCCCAUCGCCACCAGUGGAAUCAGAGCGUUGGGAUUCCUCAUGAGGCACCAUCUCAGAGCAGAAGGGGGCAGCAGUAUUUCCCAGCGCUUCAUUACACAGUUUGUCAAGUGUCUUCAGAAUCAGUCCAGUGACAUCAGGCUGGUGACAGAGAGAGUGCUGUGGUGGGUGUUCAAAGACCCAGCGACACCUUCCAUGGAGGCCAGUCUCAUUAAGCCCCUGCUGAAGAGUCUGCUGGACAACACGAAGGACAAGAACACCACCGUCAGAGCCCAGAGUGAACACACCAUUGUCAACCUCCUGCGACUUCGCCAGGGAGAGGAAACCAUGCAGACUAUUACUGCAAUUCUGGACUCUGCCAGCAACGACCUACUGUCGGAGUGUCACCGCCGGUCUUUGAAGAAAAUCGCCAGCCUACCAGACUCCAAUGAAGAAAUCGAUGACACUAUCUUAACGUGAUGGAGCAGGACUGAGCCAAAAAUAACAUCAGCAGGAAACAACACAAACAUGACGGAGACUUAAACAAAUCUCUACUGUAUGAGAACCCCAGACAUACUCCUUACACAUGCCCGUCAUGGACAAACACUGAAAUGGGUUGUGUUUUGAGUGAUUUCCUGAUAUCAAAUUCCCUAAUGAAUUGCGUUCCUUUUUCUCCUCACUUUAAAUCAUUCUUUUAACGGCCUUUAUAACAGUUUUUUUUUUUGUUUGUUUCCAUUUUACCCCACAAUAUGCAGGUUAUCCUGUGCUGUCAAAACUACAAGGCCGAUUGUUUUGACGUUUCAGUGUUUUCUCACUUAUUUUACCAGAAUUGUUUUGUUCAUUCAUGAAAACACAAUAAUUAAGCAACAGCCCUAUCUUUAAGUUUUAUUUGCAAAUUGUGUGAGAGUUGUUUGGGGUAAAGCAACCUCUAUAAGAAUGAAAUAUUCUUAUGUCAGUGAUGCGGUUGUAAAAAGACAACAUGAAAUAAAAGAUCUUGAUUUCAUAAAGUA